AAGCAUGAGAGGAGGUGUUGGUGUUGGUGUUGGUGUUAGAGGAAGAGGUUAAAAGAUGAGUUGAAGACGAAAGGAUAGAUUAGAUAGCAAAAAAAGGAAUGAGCAAAAAUGGGAGGAUUGUCAUCACUCAGUUCACAUCAGAGACAGUAUGAAGAGAAAUGUAUGUCUGGAAUAUUUAUCAAGAUGUGCCAGUCUGAGAACGGGAUAAUUACAAUAAAUUUCAAGUUAGUCUUUCAGUUCUUGACACAAAUGGACACAAGGUGGAGUCGGUGUCCCACUAUAACCACAGGGGGGACGAGACCUGAAGGUCUAUGAAGGAGAAUUGCUUCAUUGUGGUAUAUGACAUGAAUCUCAACCUACUGAUAAAAUUCACUGCCGUGACCAAGUUUUAAGCCAUGUAAAAAUACAUUUGUACAUUUCGAAAAAGUUGCAUAUCAUUUGUGAAGACCCUGGUUAUGAAAGACCAUAACUGUGGACCACUUAACGAAAAAAUAGAGUUAAAAAUAGCCUUGUAAUGUGCAACUGCAGUAAAACUGAGGACAUGAUGAAAAUGAGAGGGUAAUGUUUAUUCUCACUCAGGUUUUGACAGUUGAUCUUCCACGGUAGCGCCACAGACCAUGCAGGUAACUGGUGCACCGGCAGGGGGCGCACGGCAGCGCUCCAGGUGGCCGUGACAUCACGGGGGCUCGUUUUAGGUGUUGUGCGAGCUCUUUCACUCCAAUGCUCCAUCAGCGCUGGGAGAGCGAGCAGGAGCGGAUGUGACCACUGGGAUAAACAUAAUUUGUUGACAAGUCAACUAUGGAUGUGUUUAUUACUUUGGGAUGAUGGUUUCCCCGCUCGUUCCGGACACCAUUUAGAAGGUCUCCAGGCGCAUUCCAGUCUGACCCCUUCUACCUCUGAAAGGGGGACAAAUGCCAAACUACUGAAACAGCCUUUUUCAAGAAUCUGUCACCUCACCUAAGUGGGUGAGAACUGCCUGGCUGCUGGAACCAUGGGGAACCAGCUGACUGAUAUCGCCCCUAACACGCCGUUUCUGCCAAACUUCCAGUCGCUGCACGUGGUGGUCAUUGGCCUCGACUCCGCCGGCAAGACUUCCCUCCUCUACAGACUCAAACUGAAGGAGUUUGUCAAGACCAUCCCCACCAAAGGCUUCAACACCGAGAAGAUCAAAGUGGCUGUGGGGAGUUCUCGUUCCAUUGCCUUCCAGGUGUGGGAUGUAGGUGGCCAGGAGAAGCUGCGUCCUCUGUGGAAAUCUUACACCCGGCGGACAGAUGGGAUGGUGUUCGUGGUGGACUCCACUGAGCUGGAGAGGAUGGAGGAGGCCAAAGUCGAGCUCCACAAGAUCACCCGUACCUCAGAGAACCAGGGUGUCCCCGUCUUGAUCCUGGCCAACAAACAGGACCUGGAUUCAGCCCUGUCUGUCAGCGAGGUGGAGAAGCUGCUGGCUGUUCACGAACUCAACACGUCCACGCUGCAUCAUGUCCAGAGCUGCAGCGCUGUGGACGGCCAGGGACUCCAGCCUGGCCUGGAGAAACUCUAUGAGAUGAUCCUGAAGAGGAAGAAGAUGGUGAAGCACAGCAAAAUCAGAAGGAGAUGAAUUUUUUACUCACACUGUGGACGUUACCUUGGCACAUUUUUCCACUGUUUUGAGACACUUUGAACAUAUCAGCCUCCCUAAGAGGACGGCUUAUUUUACCAACAAAAACAGUUUAAUCACGGCCCGAGGUCAGGAGAAAGGAUGCAGUAUUGACACAAACCUUGUUCUGCGGCUGUGGAGCUGCCUUUGGCAUUUAAAGACUAAAGUUAUAGAUUUACAAGGGUACCUUGAUGAUUUAAAUUUCAACUCUUUAGUGAUUUCUCACCAAGCACUUUCUCACUCGUUUCAAGGGAGAAUUUUAACAGAGCUAACAAGUCCUUCUCCUGGUAACUGUGGGACCAAUAUAGGGACAUUUUAUCCUUUCACAUCGCUUGGUGAACAAAAGUAGUAUAAUAUCAGUGUAUGCCUUUAGCUUCCACAGAUUGUGCCCCACUAAGUAGUUGUUUUUCUCUCACAGUGUACUUUACCCCAAUAUAUUGUUUGCACAGUUUUAUGUUGGAUUUCUGACAGAGGGACUUUGCUGUAAGUGGUAUGCAGUGAAGUGAUGAUGGGACACCAAGUGAUAAUUAUUUUGAUAACCAUGGAACAAUAAUCCAAAGUGCAUUCCCCUCAUGCCACAGAGGUUCAGUUUCAGUCGGAAUAACAAUAGUGUUUAUACAAAUUGUUCAUUUUUGUAACAUUGAAAAAUUAAUAAAUCAAAGCACCGUACUGAAAA